AUGUCGGCGAAGCGAGACCCCAGCGCGUACCUCCCGAGCGACACGUAUAACUCGCUGGACAAGGAUGGACACGUCGUGUUCUUGCACACAAUGGUUCGAAGCACCAAUCUGAAAGCCACGAUGGAUUUUUUCAGCGCCCUCGGGUUGAUGGAGACGCGGAGGAAGGAGUCGCAGGGUGGAAAAUUUACGUUGGUCUUCAUGGCGUCCUCCCCGGGGGCGCCCGAGGUCGAGAUCACGUAUAACUGGCCCGAAGAGGACGGGUCGACGGAGACGUUCGCGCCGCCGAGCCGCUCGAUGGGACACCUGGCGUACGCCGUGGAUGAUAUCUACGCGAAAGCGGAGGAGUUGCGAGGUAAAGGGAUCGAAAUCUUGAGGCCGCCGCGAGACGGGAAGAUGAUGUUUGUGAAAUCGCCGGAUGGGAUCAGCGUGGAGAUUUUGCAAAAAGGCGCGCCGCUCGAGCCGCUCGAACCGUGGAAGAGCAUGGAGAACGUGGGGACGUGGUAA